AUGGCUGAAGCUGAUACACCAGUCGUUGAAGUCUGGUACAACGGGAUGUUCAUCAACAAACCACCAAUCUAUUUUGAUCCAGAUAAAAAGGAGAUAAUGUACGCCGAUUUCAUGGAGAUGGGGUAUGCUAAAUUCAUUGCUCACCUCAACGUGAUUACUAGAAGAAUGUGCAAAGAUGUAUACUAUUGUCUAGAUGGGCAAACAUGGUGUCAAGGAUUGGCCGCAUUGCAUAACGAAUGUGAUUACCACGAAUUUCAUGAGUGUCUCCAUGAGAAAAAGAAAGUAAAUGUGUAUGUGGACCAUAUGCAUGAACCCCUGUUCGACGACUGGAUUGAAAUGGAAGAGCCUGAAAUUAAAGAUGAUACCAACUCCAAAGCAGAUGAAGAUGUUGAUUCAAUGUUAAUAGAUAAAGACUGUUGGGAACACGAGGUGGAUGAUGAGGAUUUUUCAAUGAAAAGGGCAACAACAACUAUUCAGAAUAAAGACAGGUUUUUGAACAAACUUUGUCCAAAUGUUGAAGAGGAAGAAGAUUCGAAUGUUGAGCAACUACCACUUAUAUACCCUGUGCACAAUUUUGAGCAACAAUGGGAUGAAAUGGCUCCUGUGUUAGGUGAACUCUUAGCUGCCAUGGGUAGGGAUGCCAAUAACAGCAUGUUCCCACUAGCUUGGGUUGUUGUGACUGUUGAGAACAAAGACACUUGGAAAUGGUUUCUUGAUCUACUCAUGGAUCAGAGGCAGUGGAAAUGGGCUUACUCUUAUAUCAGAUGGACACAAGCUAUCAAAGAAAGGGUUCCUCAUGCUGAGCAUAGAUUAUGUGCUAGGCACAUACUAGCCAACUUUAACACAAGGUUCAAAGGUGAGCAUUUUAUCAAGCCAUUUUGGAGAGCUGUGAAGGCUACUACAAAACAGAGACAUGAAGCUGCUAUGCAAGAGAUCAAGGAAUUAGACAGGGGGCAUUUGAUUAUCUCAUGGAGAGGGACCCUAAAUGUUAUUGCAGGGCUUUUCAAGUAG